CUCCUGUGCCAGAGCUCUGGUUGGUAUUUCUCUUCCUCCACCUAGGGGCGAUCGAUCGCAUUUUAGCAAGAAGCGUCGUUGCCUCGAUUGAAUUGGAGCACUGUGCUGUGCAGCGAUGGGUGUCCGUAUUAGAUUUGCGCGUUUUGGGAGGAAGAAGCUGCCGUUCUAUCGAAUCUACGUUGCCGAUAGCCGCUCCAAGCGUGACGGGAGAUUUCUGGAGAAUGUGGGCUACUACAAUCCCAUUACUGGAAAGGAUGGUGAGAAGCAAUUUGCGCUCAAAGCGGACCGAGUCCAGUACUGGCUCUCGGUUGGAGCUCAGCCUUCCAAUGCCGUGGCAAGGCUUCUGGCACGAACAGGCAAUCUUCCAAGCGCUUAUCCUCGGGGGCCGCCCGAGUCAUCGUCGCCAUCGCCACUGGCAACACUCUCGCCGGACGACAAGCCCGACGUGACCAUCACUGCCAAGCUCUCCUCCGCCUCCUCGGCUCCAAUGCUCGCUUCCAGGACUCUGUGCUUCUGCUGACGCCGACGAACACAAGAACUCCGCCGAGAGAGGUUUGACAUUUUAAUCUUAUAAAUCGCUCUUAUCUAUCUCAAAGUAAGCUCUGACUUUUGAUAGCGAUAGAAUCGCUCUCGUUUCUUUGUUUUUUUUUUUUUUUCCUUUUCUUUUGUUUUGUUAGCUGCGUAGCACGGCCACUUUGGUUCGUCCCGGGCAUUCAUGCUUUGUGUAGCUUUUGACUUCCAGCGAAACGCAAGCAAAAAUUUUCUAAGAUUUACAAAGUCACUCUCUCACACUUCGUACACGCAACGCAUGUUUUGGCGAAAUCUCUCCUUUAAGAAAGCCAUUCCUUUCACUGUA